AUGGGGAAGAAAUGUAGAUCAUAUGUUGCAUCGAAGGUGUUUGCAAAAGCUCUCCAACUUUCACAAACUCAUGAUAGUGAUGCUGAUGCUCAUCUGUAUGAAGAGAUGAUCAAAGACGCAGUUGCUGAUUGUCUAGCAAAUACAACAAUUGUUAUCAAAUAUGAAAAUGAUGUAGCUGUCGCAUUAAGCUUGAGGACAUACAUGGAAGAAGAGAAGAAACGUGUCAACAAGGAGGAAAAAUAG